UAAUGUAUUACUAACGGGCAAGGCCACGGCUUGGGUACUCAUCUUGAUACGGUUAUGACGCCAUAAAGCGCGUUCCAUCUGCCUCUAUAUAAGCUGCUGCCUCGCAUCAGUCUUCGUGGGUUUGAGUUCGGCGAGUACGAGAGUGGUUUGACUCCUGCGAGAUCAAGACUUUUCGAGUGCGUGUGCUUUUCUUUGCGAUUCGUUCGUGUUUUCUGUUGGUGUGUCGUUCUAGCGCGAAGGAAGUGAGACCGGAGAGUACCGAAAGGUCACUUAUUCGUUGACUCCUACUGGAUCCUAGAACAGCUCCACAGUUCACCUGCGACUCGUUUGGGUUCACACCGCGUGCUUUUACCUGCGGUUCGUGCUUGUUUUCUGUUGGUGUGUCGUCUUCGCGUGAAGGAAGUUGAGACCGAAUAGUUACCGUAAGGUGACUUAUUCGUUGACUCCUCCCGGAUCAGAGAACCGCUCCACAGUUCACCUGCAUCGACGCGUUUGGAUGCACAUCGCCGUUGACCAAAUCAAGAUGACUGCGACUGCCGUUCUUCCGUCUGGCGCCUCUUUCGAUGACUUUGACGACAUCCAGCCCAUUACUUCGUGGGCGGAUAUCGUUGAAGAAACCGAAUUUGAUGCGUCGGAGGUGGUCAUUCCGUCAUGGGCUGAUCUGGAUGCCGAGGUUCCUGAGCCCUCAGCCAGAGUCCAGAGGAGAGUGGAGAAUCCGAGUUCAGUUAGGAGAGUCUUCAGUCAGAAGAGCGACUCUCGUGUGUGGAGAAAACAAGCACCUUCUCCAUCUUACUCCAGUGUGAGGUCAUCUCAAGCGUCUGAGGCAAGGAAGAAGUUCAGGAGGAACAACUUUGGUUUUCCACAAGAGGAGAGAAUGGGUGGAGCAAAAUUAUCCUCCAAGGCUCCCACAACAGCUACACCAUCUCCUCAACAUUGGCGUAGAUCUCCUCCCUCAGGCUUCAUUAACAGGCCGGAGCGACCUGUCCAAGAUGCUUCACCACCUCAGCGUAGAUCUCUUCCCUCGGGCUUCAUUAACAGGCCGGAGCGACCUGUCCGAGAUGCUUCUCCACCUCAGCAUAGAUCUCCUCCCUCGGGCUUCAUUAAAAGGCCGGAGCGACCUGUCCGAGAUACUUCUCCAUCUCAGUUUAGAUCUCCUCCUUCUGGCUUCUUUAAUAGACAGGAGAGCCAUGUCAGAGAAGCUUCUCCAUCUCAGCAUAAAUCUCCUCGCUCUGGGCUCUUGAAAAAGUUGAGGCCCUCUCAAGCACUAUAUUCACCACCUCAGCGUCAAGGUCCUGCCACAAGCUCCUCAGAAAAUGGAGUGAGCCCUCUCCAGAACACAACUCCGGCAAAAACUGUUGCACAAAAGCGGGAGAUGGGUGGGCAAGAAAUAGCCGUCAAGCCCCCCAUCACACCUACACCAGCUCCUGAACCUGAGCGUCAAGGUCCUGCCACAAGCUCCUCAGAAAAUGGAGUGAGCCCUCUCCAGAACACAACUCCGGCAAAAACUGUUGCACAAAAGCGGGAGAUGGGUGGGCAAGAAAUAGCCGUCAAGCCCCCCAUCACACCUACACCAGCUCCUGAACCUGAGCGUCAAGGUCCUGCCACAAGCUCCUCAGAAAAUGGAGUGAGCCCUCUCCAGAACACAACUCCGGCAAAAACUGUUGCACAAAAGCAAGAAAUGGGUGGGCCAGAAAUAGCCAUCAAGCCCCCCAUCACACCUACACCAGCUCCUGAACCUGAGCAUACAACUCUUCCCUCACGCCUGUUUAAAAAGUCUUUUACAGAGGCUUCACCACUUCGUCCUAAACCUUAUCCUCCAGGCUUCUUUAAAAGGCUAGAGCCCACAGACACUGCACCACCUCAGAAUACAUCUCUGCCCUCGGACUUCAUUCAAAAGUUGAGGGCAGCUCUCACAAAGGUUCCACUGCUUCAACAUCAGGAUCCUUCCUCAAGCUCCUCCAGAGUAAACGGAGUGAGCCCACAAGAAGGACCUGUUGCACAAAAGCGGGAGAUGGGUGGGCCAGAAAUAGCCGUCAAGCCCCCCAUCACACCUACACCAGCUCCUGAACCUGAUCCUAAACCUUAUCCUCCGGGCUUCUUUAAAAGGCUAGAGCCCACAGACGCUUCACCACCUCAGCAUCAAUAUCCUGCCACAAGGUCCUCAAGAAAUAGAGUUAACCCACAAGAUGGCGAGAACACAACUCUGGCAAAAACUUUUCCACAGAGGCAGGGGGUGAGGAGUUCUUUUAGGACAGAGUGCAGUCUUGAAGAUCUGUGUAAGAUGUUGGAUGGACUGCACCUGUCCGAAAAGCCAACAUUAAGUUUAACACCAGACAGUCCGAAGCCUCUUCUUCGUCCGGCCAAUUUUGUUUUUAAAACACGACCAACAUUUGGCUUUUCACAACAUCAGACGGCUGGACGAGAGACAUGGAAAAAGCCUCCUGCCCCGCCUACAUCAGCUGCUGCGUCUGAGCAUUUACCAGCUCCCCAUUCUAACCCUAAGCCCUCUGUCCUGGACGACAAGAAGCUCCAACUGAUCCGCAAACGUCCGAGACUUUCAUCUGACAGCUAAAGAGCCGGGAUGCGCCUCAGAUGCAGCCAGUAAACACAAACUGGCUGAAACAAAGAAGCAGCAGAAAAUACAUUAAAAAAAAUGAUGAAUACAUUAAAUGCUCUUUAAAAUCAGUCAUAGUGUACUUCAUAGGGGACAGAGAAGGUUUCAGGUGAUCAAACGUUAUUUCUGCGUAACUUCAUCAUAACAAUUUUAAACUUGAAUUUACCACAGAGCAGGAACAGACUGGACAGGAACAUACCCGUGUGAUAUUUCUAAACUCAAAACACUUCUAAAUGAUCAGUGAAAGUAAUACUUGACAGAACAAUAUCCACAAUAAGAUCAUUAAAAGCAAAAACAUCUUAAGCAGAUUUAGAUACUUAACACAGACUCAACAGAGUAAUUUAAUAAAAGGCACAGGCACAAAAAAAUAUUAUGUGUUGUUAAAAUCUUUAUUAAUGCGAUAAAAGAUUUGCAUUAUACUCGCUUGAGCAGCCAUGCUGGAAAUUUUCAUACCCCUUCAUUUGAAGUGAGGUCCUGAAAAAAUCUGUUUGCCCCUCCAACCAAAAGAGAAUCCUAAACGGAGGGGGGAAAGAAAGUGUAGGGGUAAUGGGUAGAAACAUGUGUCAUAUUGUGUCAUUUUUGCAUAACAUGACACAAUAUGUGUGUCAAUAUGAACGGCCUGAACAUGUGUCAUAUUGUGUCAUUUUUGCAUAACGUGAGCGGCCACAACGCUAAUUAGUUUGUCUUGUUUUCUUGUCUCAUUCUUGGGACAUCUGAGUCUGACAGAGCUAGGUCCGGUUGGACUGAAUGCUCAACCUCAUGAUGACCACAGAUGAUGCCUUCGUAAACAGAAGGUAUUGGGAGUCAGCAGUGAGUCAGGUGGUGAAGGGAUGCCAAAGUGCUGUGUGCUGUGCUGACAAAAGAGAAAAAGAUUUCACAUUUCUGUAGCAGUUAGUUUUCAAGAACUUGCACUUUUUCCAAAGCAUACUGCUGCUCACGCUGGUGAUCUUUCAUCAUCAUUGCGAUCAUGUGAUUUGGAGGAGGCGUGUCUUUAGAGAGUGCUCUGAUGAAACCAUGAACAAGACGUGCAGGAUUCUGACUGACUGUGAUGACGGAUACUUUGCCGGACAUUCUGAGGACACAUCAUUCACAGUGCUUAUGGGCAUGUAGUGCACUCUUGGAGAAGACUAUAACUGAAGACUGGCAAGGAUCCAACUUAAGUAGCUGACUAAUUCCAUGUGGAGAGAUGAGACCAGACUGUGCGUGUGCGUGUCCUUAUAUCUGUGUGUGCUUGCGUGCGUGCAUUUCCUUAUAUCUGGUGCCAUACAAUCUUUUUGAUGGAAUGCUGUAUUGAUUGUUUGAAUUGUUGAGAAAUUCUACUAGUCAGCAUAAUGAUGGUAUCUGCUACAAUGACCAAUUAAAACAACAACCACUGCUAAUAAUAAAUAGUAUUGGUCUUGACUUUGGUGUGCAAUUAUUAAAUAAUGAAACAGUGAAAGAACAUGAAAAUCACCACAGUGGUACUUGGGGAGACGUAGAACAAGAAUCUGGUAAAGUUUGCAGAAAUCAAUUUGAUUUUAUAUUUUAUGAAAUUGUAAAAUAUGUCUGUAAGUUAGUAUUGGUCUUGACUUUGGUGUGCAAUUAUUUAAUAUUGAAACAGUGAAAGAACAUUAAAAUCACCACAGUGG